AGUGCUCGUUACAGAAAAACGAUCGGACAAUCGAAGCUCGGUAGUUAAAGCAAAGAGUGGCGUUCAUUGUACGCCUGACAACACAAUAACGAGGAGGUGACGAUUUAGAGGGAGAGCAGGAGAGAGAGCAUAUGGAUGCUCUGAGAGCCUCUUACGGAGUGGGUCCAUCGGAUUCGGACUCAGACUGCGAUCUCUCUCCUCCACCAACCACCAAUUCGAAAACGCAAGCCUCGGGGUCUCUGCCACCACCUCCUAUCGCCCUUCUCACCCCUCCCAAGUCUCUAGGGACAUUGGGUUGCUUUCAAAGCGGCGAGGCUAGUAGAGUUCGGAGUUUCCCUCACGUUGAAGGAAACUAUGCACUACAUGUAUACAUCCCAGUUUACAUACCAUCUGCCCCCAAAAAGGAAAUGACCCAGUUUCUGAAGAAGGUCACAUCUCUUGUACCCACUCUUCAUGUUGUUGAUGUUGAUGUCCCUCUGAACGUUAUUUGCCAAGAUGAUUACAAUCUUGAACAAGUUGCCUUGGGAAGGGAAUUCCACAUAAGUUUGGGGAGGACUGUUCCUAUCCGAGUGCACCAGAUCGACUCAGUCGUGGCAAUGCUUCGCCAGAGACUUCAGUUUCAGAAACGGUAUUGGAUUGAUUUUAGUAAAUGGGAGGUUUUUGUCAAUGAUGAUCACACACGUUCCUUUCUAUCAAUAGAAGUUUUAACUGGAGGCUUACCCGAGAUAACAAAGCAGAUUCAAGCUGUUAAUGAGGUUUAUAAGCUUCACAAUCUUCCCGAAUUUUAUAAGGAUCCACGCCCCCAUAUAUCUGUAGCUUGGGCACUGGGUGACAUUAGUAGCUUACUGAAGAGUGUGGUUGAAGAAGAAAGGAAUAGAUGUGCUAUUGCUGGGGGAUUGCGGCCGAAACGUAUAUUUACCAGCAAAUUCAGUGGCAUUGAGUGUAAGAUAGGCCAUAAAACUUAUAAAAUAUGUAAACUUCAAGAAGAAAUCUGAAACCUAAUCUUUCAGAUAUUGUAUUUCUUUUUUUGGGUCUAAACCUUGCUGUGAAUUUCUUGUUACCUGAUGGACCCCUAUGAUUGAUGGAAUGUAGUGAAGUGCAUAAUGAUGGAUCUUUACUCAGUCAAACAAAUAUAAGAGUGCGAUGUGAAAACAGUGUUGAUUGCA